CCUCGCCGACUUGUCACCGGAUGUCUCGUUUGCCGGUUGGAAUAGAGCACAAGUGCGCACCGCAACAGCCUUCCAAAACCGGGUAACAAAAAGGGGCUCACGCUUGAACUGGUGGCUUUGGAGCGUUUUGUAGAUGUAGAACUUAUAUUGCAUCAAUCGUGACGUUCCAAGAUGACCCAUGGUAGUUUUGACUUGUUGGAAGCGCACGGGAAUCCGUCACCGAGUGCGUUUGUGCCAGAAAGUGGUUUCCUGAGGGACUUGUCGGCGGGUAGUUGUUCCUGACAUGAAAACGAGACCGGCGGGGAUCGGCAAUGUCAAUGCCGACUGGAUGGGUUUGCUUCCCUCCAAACUCAGUGCCAUGCCCCUCAAACACCUCGCCGUGCCAGGGUCCCACGAUUCCUUCACCUACUGGGUGGAUGUGCAGGCUCCUGUGGGACCUGAUCAGAAGGUUUAUGUGAAGUACCUGGCCACCAUGUUCAGUGUCUUAGCCAAGAAGGUCAUGGUGAAGUGGUCCAUGACACAGAACUUGACUUUUAUGGAGCAGCUGGAUGCAGGAAUUCGCUACUUUGAUCUCAGGGUGUCCUCUAAACCAGGGGAGCCUGGAAAUGAGAUCUACUUUAUUCACGGCCUUUUUGGACACAAGGUGAGGGACGGCCUGUUAGAAAUCAAUUCUUUCCUAAGCAAACACAAGAAAGAGGUGGUGUUUCUGGACUUUAACCAUUACUAUGCAAUGGAGGCAGAGCACCAUGUGUACCUCCUCGGUAUGCUCCAGGAAGUGUUUGGCAGCAAGCUGUGCAACAACUGUGCUGUGGAGAGCAUCACUCUGGACUACCUCUGGGACAAGAAGUACCAGGUCAUCGUGUUCUACCAUCAUCCGUCAGGCCAGGGCAACCCAGUCAUGUGGCCUGGCAACAAGAUCCCCGCUCCCUGGGCGAACACCACCGAACCCAACAAGCUCAUACAGUUUCUGGAAACUACACUGAAGGAAAGAGCCAAGCAGGGAUCCUUCCAUGUGUCCCAGGCCAUCCUUACACCCAGAGUCAACACUGUGGCCAAGGGCUUGGUCUGGGGGCUACGCAACUACCUGGUAGAGAGAAACCUGCCAACCAUCAUGUCCUGGGUUGCAGCUCAGAGACCAGGAGUGGACGGGGUCAACAUCAUCACCUCUGACUUUGUGGAGCUCACUGACUUUGCCAACAUUGUCAUCAAACUGAACAACCUGCUGCUGUCCGAACAGGACCGCAAAGCAAGAUGACACAUGUUUUGACAACUGGACCAAGGUGUGCUGAUCCACAAUGUUGUGAUGGUUGGAAGUCUAUAGAUUAUAUAUUCUAUUCUAAUAAUGACUUGAAUUAUAUUUUUUUUAGGGUUUCACUGUCUUACUGAAGGAUGCUCAACAUUAAGCAUAGGCAGGGAUACCAACAAACCUCUGAAACAAAGCCUUUUAAAGUUUCAGCAAGUCAUCAGCUAAUUUCCAGAGUUUUGGUUGUAGUGGAGUCUCUCAGCCCAGAUACUAUAAACAAAGUCCAAAACAGGAUUUUUUUUUCCAUCUUCAUGAUGCUGACCAUGUCAUACCAUGGCUCUGGUUCCAUAUUCCUGUCCCUAUAUUCCCUUUUCGGAAAAAUUAUUCUAUUAAUAAUCUAAUUGUUAGAUUGACAGUUGCUGUACCUGUUACCUGCAUGAUUAUAUGACUAAUUUUAUGACUAUUUGAGUAAGGUUUUACAUCUCAGGUCCUUCAGUGGCAGUUUUGGACUUUUAUUUCCAAGUUUUGCUACUGAUAUAACAGCUGUUGCAUUUGUUACCUUUAUUUUGAAAUGUUUUGAUUCCAUUAUUUAGUUUUUGCAAUUAUGACAAGGAUCACUUGUUGAAAUGCUAUAUGUAUUCUAAGUAUUUUUGGCAGCACUACAUAUGCACAGAUAAAUAUACUGGGAUAAAGGGAUUUGGCCAAAUUUUGUGUUUAGAAGCUAGCAGUAUAUUUAGUUUAGAAUUUUUGAAAGAAAAUGCUCAACAUGCUGGCAAGGUACUUUGUUUACAAUGCAUUUCAAGCACACUAAUAACUGUUAACACUUGGUAUGUGAGCUAAAGUUGGCUUUUUAACAGCACACUUGGUGUUUUUCUAGUAAUGAAAUGAACUUAAGGGAAAAGUACUGGCUGCACUUUUCUGGAUAUUUUUGUUUCUAAAGCAAUUUAUUGUGAAGUAGGAGCCCACUGUACCAACGCUGUCUAAACACGUACAACAUUUUACAAGAGAUGCAGACAGUGGCAUCUUUAGGGGGAUUAUAUAGGGAGAGAAGCCAAAAAUGCAGGGAGUCGGUGCCACAAUUCCCAUAAAACACAUGCACCGAUAUGAACACACAGCUAUAAAUGUUUAUGUUUGUAGUAUGUUUGCUUGGUAUUUUUCACUUCCACUGUUUAGAGAUGCAGAAAUAGGAACUCCAGUUAAAGGUAUGUUGGCAAAAUGCAAAGACAAGUCAGAGUAUAUGACCACGCAUAGUGUAUGUGGAGUCAUAAAACACAACAUAUAUACUUAAAGCAGACGAGCAAUGGAAAAAAUGACCCAAGUAUUGUUGUCUGAAAAGUUUUGCAUGUGUGUCUGCAUGAGUUUGCAUCACUCUGUGUGUGUGCCUUGCGGGCCCACUGAUUACUACGCAUGACAUAGAGUGUAGUGCAGUGACAGCCACCCUGCAUUCUUGUGGUCACAGUGGGGAAAGCAGAGGAGAGCGAGAUAGCAGAGGAGAAGUGAUUUACACAGCUGAGACAGAAAGAAAGAGUGAAAAACAGAAUCUAGACUUAGAAGGAAGAGUAAGAAAGAUUACAGACUCCGACGAGGACCAAGUGUCAGACAAAAAGGGAAGAAUUCAGUCAGAAAGCUACACUUGUACUGUGAUAAGCAGACGGAGCAGCAGUGUCAUCUAAAAGGGAAAUAAAAGUUGUUUUUUUUCAUCA